AUGUAUAUAAAAAUUCCUAAAGAGAUUUCCUUCCAUAAGGCCUAUAAUAAACUACAAUUUAAAGAUGGCAAUCAAUCAGAGAGACCAAAAAGUAAUAAAACGCUGGCAUCCUCCGGAUUAACCAAAUGCACCGGUAUCCCACACCAAGAAGACCUAGCAGCACAGGAAGACAAAAAGACCAAUCGGGAAACUGCUAUUCUGGAUCAUACCAAGAUAAUCCGAGAGUGCAGAGAGAUGAAGUAUCCUACAUCAAAAAUGUGGCAUCCUACACCAAAAAUGGUAGCAUUUCACAAAAAGAACACGUCAGAGCGCAUCACUAACUGUAGCAGAACACUCUCAAAGCUCCGAAAACUUGCCAUGAGGGAUCAUCUAGCC